CAUUCUGAUUGAAUGAAGAAUGUGUCAAUCGAAUACUGCCUGUUAGCCUUUGUGCAGGAAAUAAAGUUGACAAAGGGAUACAUCACAAAUUAUUUCUGAGAUACGUUUGAUAAAUAGUGAUUGAUAGAACAAGCUACGUUUUUUUUUGUUUGUUAACUUCCCCCCCAAGGCUGUGCGUGGACACAUCUUAACGAAAGGAAAUACAUUGUGAAAGUACGCGGUCUAUUGCUGUGACAAAGUUUACAAGGUGCAGUUUGACAGCUGGCUACUUUUUCAACAAUUCAUGCCUGGGUCUGAAAAGGCCUUGGCUGUGAUACCAGGGACUAGAGCAAGGGGGCGCUGAAAAGCACUCAUCUUAAUGGGCUACUGACACCAAGUGGCGGCUGAAUCAGAAAUUCUCGAGACCUCGGCCCAUAGAGCAAGUCAUCAGGACGAGUAAUGACACAAGAAGAUGCCAUAGUGCUUUUGCAUCCAAACCGUCUACUUGGAAGAAUUUGUGUAACAUUAAACCUCCACUUGUCAGCUCAAAAUGACAUACCUCAUGGAACACAGUACUUAGAUAGAGCCACAUGCCAGAUGUUGCUGAUCACUAGUGAAGGCAGAGAUUCUGCUCUUUCUAGUCUCAUUGGAGAGGACAGACAGCAGGACUGGAUUGGCGAGGCCAUUGCUCUUCAGGACCACUGAGGAACUGCCUGAAUCUCUGUCACACAAUAACAAGGUAGAGUUACAACCUCGACCAAGUCCUGAUUCUGUAUACUCCCUAUCACUCUGGACAAAACAGUUCAAAGGUCUCUCCACCUACACUACUGCACUCCCCGCAGCAUCCUGCAAGACAUCCGUUCCCUCUCCCUCUCUAUCAGCCUCCCUGGAUAGAGGGUGCCCCUCGGCUGCUUUUAUGAGCCAGUUGUUGGUGGGACAGAAGAUCAUGUCUGAGAACCUUCGGCUCCCCUCCUUCCAGGUGCAGGCCCCCGGCGACUGGGAGACCCAGGAUGGCGACCCAGGAUUGGGAGCCUCCGCCUCGGGAGACAAAGUUGAGGUACCCACCGGGGAUGGUGACCCUUCCGCCCUCUCCGGUUCCGCCACUCCGUCCCUCCGCCGCAAGCGCUUCAAGAUGCGACGCAUGAAGAACGUGCAGAGCGAGAGCAGUGUGACCCCGGCUGUGUCUGUGGCGGCUGCCACGAGGUCAGAGGUCAUGAGUAAGGGCCAUGGGUCACGCUCCUUCUCAGGGGCCAUGGAGUACCUUCAGCUGCCGUCCAUCGAGAUAACGCCAAUCAGUGACGAGGACGCGGCAGCCACCUGGUCCAACUGCUCCACACCCAGCGCUUCGCCGCGACGCAAGCGCUUCCUGCUACACCGUUGGCUGAACGUGCGAGAGAGGAAGGAGCACAGCAGUGAGAGCAGCAGGGAGAGCAGCCUACAAAGCAGCCAUGAGGAGGACUCUGCUCACUUCUUGACCCCUCAUUGCCGGGAGGAGAGCACUGCCAGCAAUUCGAACCGGAGCACGCCUGCUUGCUCGCCCAUCCUGCGCCAUCGCUCUCGCUCGCCCACACCCCAGCAGAGCUUGGAGCACAGUGGUGAGAACAUGGUGGAGAAGGGCCACUUGGACCCCGCCUCUGACAAGGACAAGUCCCCCUCCACCCCAGAGCAGGUGGUGCAGCGCACCUACAGCCAGUCGGUACACUCCGCCACACGCAGCAGUGGAGGCAAGAACUCCAAGAAAAGCCAGAGCUGGUACAAUGUAUUGAGUCCUACGUAUAAGCAACGCAAUGAGGACUUCAGAAAACUCUUCAAGCAGCUACCCGACUCAGAACGCCUCAUCGUGGACUACUCCUGUGCCCUGCAAAGAGAUAUCCUGCUGCAGGGGCGCCUCUACGUCUCAGAAAACUGGAUUUGUUUCUAUAGCAACAUCUUCCGCUGGGAAACACUGCUGACAGUCCGGCUGAAGGAUAUCUGCAGCAUGACAAAGGAGAAGACUGCCCGCCUCAUUCCCAACGCCAUCCAGCUGUGCACCGACAAUGACAAGCACUUUUUCACCUCGUUCGGCGCAAGGGAUCGGACAUACAUGAUGAUGUUCAGACUAUGGCAGAAUGCUCUGCUAGAAAAGCCUUUGUGUCCCAAAGAGUUGUGGCACUUUGUCCAUCAGUGUUAUGGCAAUGAGCUGGGUCUGACCAGCGACGACGAGGACUACGUGCCUCCAGACGAUGACUUCAACACCAUGGGGUAUUGCGAGGAGCUGCCGGUGGAGGAGAACGACGUCAAUGACGCCACCACCCUCGCCAAGAUGCCAGACGUCAAAGGCGACACCAGCCCCCUGUUGUCCCGCAGAGUCUUCCCCGACAACGUCCUGCCCUGCCCGGGCAUCAUCGACCCUCUCCUUCCCUUUGAUUUGGCCACCGUGGACGAUUUCCCCCUGUGUCUCCCUGAUGGCGAACUCCUGACCCUCCAGUUGCCGGGGUUGGACAACCGGAGCAGUGGUCACAGCAGUCCCGCCCCCUCACCCUCGCUGGACUUUAACGACAAUGAGGACCUCCCUACUGAGCUCAGCGACUCUUCCGAGACGCACGACGAAGCAGGGGAGGUGCAGGCCUUUCAUGAAGACCUGAAUGGGAAGCAGUACAUGAACGAGGUGUACGAGUUCAGCGUUGACAAGAUGUACGACAUCCUCUUCACCGAGUCCACCUUUAUGAGGGACUUCCUAGAGCAGAGACGCUUUUCAGACAUCGUCUAUCACCCCUGGAAGAAAGAGAAAGACGAGGCAGGCAACCAGACCAGAGAGAUUAUGUACACCGUCUCCCUCACCAACCCCUUGGCGCCCAAGACCGCCACUGUCACUGAGACUCAGACGCUGUACAAGGCCAGCCAGGAGAGCGAGUGCUACAUCAUAGAUGCCGAGGUGAUAGCACACGACGUCCCCUACCAUGACUACUUCUACACCCUAAACCGCUAUGUGCUCACCAGGGUGGCCAGGAAGAAGUGUCGGCUAAGGGUAUCCACAGAGUUGCGCUACAAGAAACAGCCGUGGGGGCUGGUCAAGGGCUUUAUCGAGAGGAACUUCUGGAGCGGCCUGGACGAGUACUUCAGACACUUAGAGCUGGAACUGAGUAAAGUGGAGGUGGUCCUGGUUGAGCCCCACAGACAGUCCCCCAAGGCCAGGGCUCUACGGGCAGGGGCGUUGAGGCGGCGGAAACGGCCCUUGAUCCACCUGCGGCCCCCCCACAUGGACGAGGCCCUCAGCCCCGUCACCACCCCCGAGGACGAGGAGGUCACCCACCACCAUCGCAUCAAACAAGUGGCAGGUUCCACUCAGACCAGACACAUCCCGGACCAUGUCCCAGGGGGCCUAGCGCUCUACAGCGUCUCCAAGCUACUCCUCAUCAUCAGCUUUGUGAUCUGUAUAAGUCUAGUAUUGCUGGUGUUUCUGAACAUGAUGCUGUUCUAUAAGCUAUGGAUGCUGGAGUACACCACACAGAGUCUCACCUCAUGGCAUGGCAUACGACCACAAGAAAGUAAACUGCCCCAGACCCAGAUGGAGUGGGCCCAGCUCCUGGAGUCGCAGCAGCGUUACCAUGACGACGAGCUGCAGAAGUGGAAGGAGAUCAUCAAGUCGUCUGUGAUGUUGCUGGAUGAGAUGAAGGACUCGUUACUAAACCUGCAGAAGGGCAUGGGUUUAAAGGACUUUAACUCUGAAUCGGAGGAGAAAGGGAGUCGAUAUCACUGAGAAACAAUCCCAAGGCCACCAGCCGGGACAUUAGGUGCAAUAUCUAACCAACCAUUCAUUGGAACUCUUGGGCAAAGAACAGAAGGAUGUUCUAUUGCAAGGUGGACAGGGCCACUCUCCACUGCCCAACUUCUGGCAUGAAGUGACCUCAUCACCAUCAGAGCCGGAGUGGGACGGCAGCCAUCAUGUGAAAAGACAGCAGUGAUGGUCCUUGUUAUCCAGGAUCCUUGGAACGUCCCUACCCCAUUAAAGUUUAAAUUUGAAAUCGUUUAAGGUAAGGGUUAAGGUUAGGUAAAGGUUAUAGCGAAGGUUAGCGUUAGGGGUUAAUGUUAGGGAUUAGGGUAUGAACGUCCCAAGGAUCCCGGAUAGCACUAACUGUGCCGUGACCCACUUUGGCCUGAACUCUGAACUUUUUAUCACCUUGUUUUCCGAGAAUGUCGUACUGUAAAGUUUUUAGUUUUUGGGGGCCACGUGCGGACUGGGAUGGCGUGGGGGGCCGGUGAAAGCAUGCAGUUUCUUGUCUCCGUCUGAAGAAAACAAAUUGCUUUCCUGGUGGAGAUGUGUAUUGAAACCUCUGCGUACUCUGUCUCAGACUGGGUAAGAGUUUAGUACAUAGCCUUUUUAGGAACUCUUGGACAAAGUUGUGGAGCUGCAGUAUCCUUUUUUUUUUAACAGACCUUUGGACUCUGGGAACAGGUUACGACCGUACCGGAAAGAUAAUCAGCAUGCAGUAUUUCAACACAAUCCAUCAUUUCUAGGAUAGAACCACAAAGAAUCAAAGUAUAUUAUAAAUGAAAAUAUAAUUCCGUAUUUAUUUUUUUGUGGAAGUCAAUUGCAGUUAGGGCACACUUUUACCAGGCUUCCGUGGUGUAUCAGGGCAGGUUUCCCUGAGAGCUUGUGCCAUGGCUUUGUUAUUCUCUGUUUAAGUGUUUGUCGUUUUCUAAGGCAUGUUCUCUACUGUGUGUAGAGUAGCCCAACCCCUUUUGAUUUGUGGACAGGGGAGCUAGCUAUAGCUGUUAGCAGCAGUGAGAAUAUAUUGGUUGUUACCAUAUAUGGAUGAGAAAGCAGUCUGCUUUUGCAGAGGUACACUGUAUGUUUUGAUGAUGCAACCCUCUUCCAUAAACAGGGCAUUCUUUGCCCUAGCCAACCCCAAACGCUAUCUCAACGUUGUGCUUAGGUUUUAUCCAAACAUGUCUCCAACCUUAUCCUUCAGGAUGAUUUGUUUUAGGUUCUGGAUACACCUAUUCAUUGUUGCCAAGAUUUGUGUGUCAACUUUUAUGCUAACAUGUAUGUUUUUUCAAUUUGGGCAGUAUUCUUUUCAUCUUUUAUUUGGCCACUUUGUGUUGUAUCAAUUCAUCUGUGGCUAUCCUGUCCUUGGCUUGAAUAGAAUGUACUCGGAGUGUACUGUAUAGGCCUUGGUAUGUUCCCUAAGUGAUUUUACACAUGCAAUGGAGCUUGAAUUUGUCCCUACCUGCGCUACAUAGAUCAUUCAUGUUUUUCCCCCAGUAUUUGUUACCAGCCUAAAUACUGUCAGACAGAGAGAAUAAUGACCAGUGUUAUGAUAAUGUGGAUGUUAUACUCUGUCACUCUAUGAACUUUAAAGUGUUCAGCUUUUAACCAGAGAGGGAGUAGACAGUAUUUUAGGGAGGGUCUUUUUUUCGUAGAGACGUUUACAAAGGGAUACUGCAGCCGAACUGAAGUACGGCAAUUACAACGAUGUAUUUGAUGAUUAAAACUGUGAAAUUCCUCAUUGAAAAAUAUGCUUGAAGCUGGAAAAAAAGAAUAAUGCAUAUUGUACAGUUCAGAUAUUUAUUGAUUUAUUUAUGUACAGUGUUUACGAAAAAUGUAAAACAAACAUUUGGGGAAAUGAUCAGUGUUCACCCUCUGCAGACCUGUAUUCAAAUACCAUUUGAAAUUAUUUAAAAUAUUUCAGCUUUGCUUGAUUGAGCUUGUCUGGCUUUGUGGACCAAUAGAAAUGUCCUAAAACUGCAAACCCCAACCACUUGGUAUUCUAGGCUGGCUAAUGCAAACACUCAAAAAAGUAUUUUAAAAAUGUCUAAAUGUAUUUGAACUCGGGUCUGACUUCUGUAAUCCUUUGUGUCGUCCCAAAAAUGUCUGCCAUGGGCUAUAUUCUGGCAUAUUGGAUGUGUCAAGUUCCCAUUCCCACUUUGUGUCUGUCGAUUUUGUCUAAUGAUUUCUACUGUGGCCGAAGCUUUCUGUUUAGUAUCUCCCGCAUCUGUCUAUGGAAGCAUAUAGCUAUCAAAAUACAUUUUAUUUUCAGAUUGAAUUUUGACUGCUAUAUACGUCCAUAUUGGCCUGCCACCCAUGUAUUUAUCAUUGACUCUCUAGGAUUCUUAUGAUGACUUUGGAAACAAACAAAGCCUUGUUCAAAAGUUGAUUCAGCCAUUAACUGGUGUGUUUGAGGGAUUGGUUCAUGGUGUGCAGAAAUAACAUUUGAGCCAAAAGAAUGUCAGAAUUGAAAAAUGUUAUGCAUUGGGAUACAAUGCUUUAGCCAUGGGUUGUAUUCAGUAGGAAGCAAACGAGCCAAAACAGGGAGGGACCUACCUGAAUUUGUCAAAUAAGAUACUCAUUUUUGUUUUCAGUUGCAAAACAUUUUGCUGUGGUGUGCACUAAUGAAUACGACCCUGGACUCAUUAGCAUUGCACAGAGAGGGGAUGGGUUCAACUCACGUACAUUCCAUCUGAAAGAAGAAGGAAAACCAUAUGGAUUGAUACAGUCGCUAGCAUUUCAUACACAUUUUUUGAUUGCGAGUCAUUUACGUUAUUGCAGAAUGAUUUUCCCCGACUCCCUUGCGCUAUGACAUGGUUUAAUGUUACUAAAAUGGCCAUUUGACCUUGUUCAUGUCAAAUUGCUCAAUUUUAACAAUGACAACGUGACAAUUAAGGGCAGAUUUAUUUGUAAGAGAACGGGCCAAUGAUGAGAUUACAAUGACCUGUACUGUACUUUACAUUUUUUGCCUGUAUCUCACCAUGGCAAUAAUUUCUGUUGACGUUGUGGCCCUUAGAAGAGGAGUAGAAAGCGGUCAACCAAUGUGGGACGAUGUGCAACUAAAAAGAGUAUUUGGGAGGAAUAGUAAGGUAUUCUGAGGUAAUAGUAAUCUCUUCCAAAUGACUUGGUGACCCUUAAAGAUAAAACUAUUAAUCUUAUGCAAUACAUGUAUUUAAUGAAUUCACUAACAUUGACAGCAAGCUGCCUUCGUUAGGGUUUCUGAAAAACUUGAGACCCUUGUGGACCCUUCGAUAGUGAAUGCAUGCUAGCUUCCUGUCCCAUUUGUUCUCAUUCACAAUCGGAUGUGUUCUAUGCAUGGGUGCUUUAUAUUGCAGGAAUGCCUCAAAUGGCCCAGAAAAAAAUGUACUCUGUGAAUCUAAUAUAGGUAGUUGAAAGCUUGAACGCUUGAAGAGUGUUUUUCAAUAGAAUGGUCAGCAAGCAUGUUUGAGUGUCUGAGAAAACAAACAAAAUAUAUUGCAGCCAAAGAGUAGUGUUCUUCAAAAACCUGAAACUGAAAGAGCUUUACUCAUUUGAAUGCUCACAAAGCCACAGACCUGUUCAUGUUUGCCGAAUUGAAGAACAUUCUAAAUCCAUUCUUAACAAUUUGCAGAAUAUAGAGAAUGUGUUAUACUGAGUAUGAGACAUAAAUAGCUAAUUGAAAGGAUGUAUUUUAGAGCUUGUGGUUGUAGUUAUGUUUCCUGACGACUCAAACUGAAUUCUUCCACUGCUCUGUGUUCGCUACAUACUUCAGUCUGAGACUUCCAUCGUUGAAGCCGUUUGUGGUUACGUCAAAAUGUGGGGUGUUGUACCAAACAGUCAUCAGCGAUCGGAUCAUGUCAAAACAAUCAGAUUAUUUUCAAAACGCUGCUUUACCUGUGUGUGUUCUGGCUCUGGCCCAACCUGGAACCAAUUCAGAACAGUUAGCAUUCUAGAAAUCAUCGGGGAGAUACUCAGAUCCAGACUCAUUGUGGGGAAGAAACUAUUGUCCUUGGGCGUGGCAUAACGUUUGGCCGGAGCAAGGUGUUUGGGUAGCCAGGUAAAGAAACCUGACCAAUUCUUUCAAACCCUUCACUUCAUUACACACACACCUCAGACAGGUGCAAUUUCUUCAGAAUUGUUUCCAUCUCAAACACUGUGGUAUUAUAUCCUCUGUAUCAAUACCAGAUGUUUUUUUUUAAAGCCUUCUGAUCUCCGAUAUAUGACUGAAAUAUUCUGCUGAGGGGAGGACGGCUCAUAAUAAUUGCUGGAACUGGAAUGACAUCAAACACAUGGAAACCAUGUAUGAUACCAUUCUAUCCAUUACCGUGAGCCUGUCCUCUCGAAGGUGCCACCAACCUCCUGUGUUAUACAGAUAAUAUAUUGUAUUUCUAUGUUGUGUAUCGUUUCAGUGUACACAGACUAGUGAAACCCUUCUGCGCUGGUCGUGGUUUUGGGAAAAACUUUGGAAGAAAAAGAUUCUAAAGGCUUUAUUGAUUUGUGGAGGAGAGAUGGAGGGAAUGAAAUAAAGUCAUUCAAAUGGG